GACGACGCAGAUCUCGCCACGCGAACACAGUUAGAUCGAGGGAGUAAGUGAGAGUGAGAGCCAUGACGGAGCUGUUCGACACGGCCGUGACCAGCCUCCUCCACCUGCCGGAGGUGCUGGACCGCCUCUCCGCCGCAGACGGCGACCGGCGGUCGGCCGGCAACCACGCGGCGCACGGGCACGGCCACGGACGCGUCCACGGGCUCGGCGGCGGCGGCGGAGCGCCGGUGGACAUCGUGGAGAGCCCCCGCGAGUACGCCUUCGUGCUCGACGUGCCCGGCCUCUCCAAGUCAGACAUCCAGGUGACGCUGGAGGAGGACCGGGUGCUGGUGAUGAAGGGCGGCAGCGGGAAGCGGAAGCGCGAUGAGGAGGAGGACAUGAACGGCGAAGGGUGCCGAUACAUCCGGUUGGAGCGCGGCGCGGCGCCGCGGUCGUUCGUGCGCAAGUUCCGGCUGCCGGAGGAUGCGGACACGGGCGGCGUUGCGGCGCGCUGCGAGAACGGUGUGCUCACCGUCACCGUCAAGAAGCUGCCGCCGCCGGAGAAGAAGGCCAAGACCGUGCAGGUCACCAUCGCCUAGAAGUCGGCAGUCGGCACUCGGCAGAGUAGCAGCAGUAGAAUUGUAGCGCGUACGUAGUGGCCUGUCGUGUUGGGAGGAGUGCUCUUUUGUUUACGUUUGUGCUGCUGAUGAGCCGGUGUGUGUGUGUAACAGACCGUGCUUCUUUUCUGAACAAGAAUUAUUCAAUCGUGUCUC